CGGACAACGUUUACUUCAAACCAAGGCGGUCGGACACCAGCGCCAUGUAUUUGUCAUUUUCGAGUGGUACAUGGUAUGCGCGUUUACCACAGACUAAAGCACACGGUUUAUGCACAUGUUCUAUCGGCGUUUGGACAUGUACCAUAGAGCUGUAUGAACUACAUGUCUUUGCAUAUAUGCAGCAUAGCAUAGCACUAGCAGCAAGUGGAAUAUCGUCUGCACUUUGCACACCUCACCUCAAGCCGCCUGACCUCAAAACCAUCUUGCUGAAAAAGGGCUAGAUCUCCGGCGUUUGUUCACCGUGUCACUGCAGUAGUUGUCACUGAUCAUGGGCGACAUCGGGACUCGGGAGGACUUAGUUUACAUGGCCAAGCUGGCCGAACAAGCUGAGAGAUACGAUGAAAUGGUGGAUUACAUGAAGAGGGUGGCGGAGCUGAACGUGGAGCUGAGCGUGGAGGAGCGCAACCUGCUGUCGGUGGCGUACAAGAACAAGAUCGGUGCCCGGCGGGCGUCGUGGAGGAUAGCCAGCAGUCUGGAGCUAUCGGAGGAGAAGAAAGACCCCAAUUCACCCAAACUAGCAAUGAUGAAGGAAUACAGAGAAGAGAUUGAGAAGGAGCUCUCAGAUGUAUGCACAGACGUUCUGCUCGUCAUCGACAAAUAUCUCAUUCCAUCAGCAGGCCAAUCGGCCGGGGAGCCUCUAGUGUUCUACUACAAAAUGAAGGGGGAUUACCACAGAUACCUAGCGGAAUACGCCGUGGGCAACACGCGGAAGGAAGCGGCCGAGAACAGCCUGGUGGCCUACAAAGCGGCCAUGGAGCUGGCCACCAAGCUCGAGCCCACCAACCCCAUCCGGCUGGGCCUAGCCCUCAACUUCUCCGUCUUCUACUACGAGAUCCUGAACUCGCCGGACCGGGCCUGCCGGCUGGCCCGCUUGGCGUUUGACGACGCCAUCGCGGAGCUGGACACACUGAGUGAGGAGAGCUACAAGGACUCCACGUUGAUUAUGCAGUUGUUACGAGACAACCUGACGCUGUGGACGAACGAUGCCGCGGCAGAAGAAGCAGAUAGGAAGAAUGAGCCCGCAGUACAGGAUUGCCAACAAACGCUGGAAGCAGCCUCCUAGGACCCCCCCCCCCCCUCUCGCGCUGAUCUGCUCUGCAUGCAUACUUGAGCUUUAAAAAAAAAAAAA